AUGGACAGGUUGGGCGGAGUGCAGAUCCGCCAUUGGGCCCAGCCGUCCGCGGCCGCCGCCGCAGCCGCAGGGGCCGAUGUAUAUGACAAGGGCAAGCGGCAGGCGGGUUGCCGUUACAUCGAGAAGUACGGCCCGAGGGCCAACAACAAAAACCAAUUCGUGGAGCGGACCGACGAGAUGAUUCACGAUGAGAACUCUCCGAUUUUCGGAUGGAUGGCAUCAGACGUCAAGGAGUCGCUCCGCAACUACGCGUCGGGCACUGCCGGCGCGAGGACAGUCGAGCGCUGGGCGGUCACUCUCAAGCGGUUUGACCCGCCCCUGUUCGACCGCAUCGUCGUCCCCAUCCUUGGGAGCCACGACGUCCAUGGGACCAUGUGGAUCGGAAAGACCAUGGUCGGCAAAUCCACAGCAUCCAAAACGAUCGGCUUCGCUAUUUCUGCAUGCCAGAUUGAGAAGCACCGCCGCGCUGACCCCCGCCCGAGCGUCAUCACGGCGAAGACGAUCGACUUCCUGCGCUUGGAGCCUGAGACCAUGUUCAAGCCCGCCAUCGCAGACGACACCGUGCUGGCCAAGUGGGGCCCCGACAAGAUCAAGGCUUUCCUCGACCCCGCCGAGGAAGACGCGCUGCUUUGGGCGAGGUGGGGCGGCGCCUCUUUCGAGCAGAACCAGUCCCGCCAGAUCUGCGUCAGUCCGUGCGACGAGGAGUUCGAGGCGACGGUCGAGUCCGCCAGCAGGGAGAAGGAAGAGGUAGCAUUCAGUGACUUCAUCAAGAUCAUCGGCUGCAAUUGCAUCGGCGAAAAGCAGUGCAGCUACAAGAUGGCGGACGUGGAGGCGUACAUGGCGAGGUCCAACGUCGUGCUCCUCUCGCCGAACUGGGUGCACUUUCGGGCGGCAUCCACGACGAAACAGCCAGUCCCUCGCCUUCCGUGGCCAGCGCCCGCGAAGCCAGAUCUCUUCACGCCCGAGACGUACGACAUCCUCAAGGCAUUCAAGAAAGACCAGACUCGCGUUCCACCCGGCUAA